AUGCCCAUGUUUUACGUUGCGCACCAUGAGACGAAACGACCGCUGCCUGUUACGGAGCAAGUGCUCCAGCAGGCUCGCGAUUGCGGUUAUGACAUGCUUACGGCCCCUAUAACAACACCUCAUUUUCACGCCAGCGUUUUGACGCUGCUAACCGCCUACAGCCAAGCUCACGGCGAAGGUCCCCCAAACGAUGAUCUCCCACUGCCAUUGAUCCCAGCUCUCAGACCUGUGGAUACGCCAUUGACGCCAAGCGACAGUGCAGCACAGACAGUUGCAGUCACGAGCCCAUGGAUAGAUCUGGCGUCUCCAGACCCUUUGAUUGCACAUCUUUCGCGCCAGGUCUUCAACCUGGAGAUUGCAUACGCCGCAUUCUGCGGAGUUAUAAAUGUGGUUGUGCAAGGCCCGCGACUCUACAACGGCGCGAAGUCUAGCGGUGGAGUGUCGCAGUAUGCUCGAGCUAUAAAGGAGGCCCUCUCGCUCGGCGGCUAUCUGCAGCUGCACAUUACCACACCUAUGGGUGAUGUAUCGGAGUCUGUUAUAGAAGAAGACAUGGGAAAUCUAGCACGGUUUGCUAGGGACGAAUACAAUCACACGAGCAGAAGCCAACAGAUCACGAGAUUAGAUCUAUUUGCGUCGUGGGACGCUUGGAACCUGAUCAGGUCUGUUUGUAGGUACAAUCAGCGACUCUGUGUGUCGCUGACCCUCCCCCGGCGUCUUCCGCCCAUAGCCGUCCAAUCUCGAUGGUACUCAGAACCACUACGCUUCAUUUGCAUACCCUCAAGCUCGUUUUUGGUGAACGCGCGAGGAUCAUUCGUGCUUUCAAAACCGCACCAGCUAUACAUAUCACGAUGCAUGCGCCUCCGAACUGCUCCUUGGAUAAUGCUCGUUGAUGUUGGACCGAUCCCUGGUAUCAAUGACCCGGACUUGAUCAUGCAAUACUCAUCUGGUCACUUGUCGCCUGGAGUCGCCGCAGAUGCAUCUUCUGGAUCCCGCUCACCAACUCCAGCAGAGUCCGCGCAAAUGCCACGCAAUCAGAGUCGAAAAAGCAAAGCAGAUCCUACUCCACACCUAAGCUAUAUUCGAUAUCUGCAACGAAACCAGCCUCCGAAAACGACAAUCGAGCGAUUUGGCGGUGGAUUUCAAGAUUAUUUGCAAGCUCCGCUCCAACCCCUUACCGACAACCUAGAAAGCAUAACGUACGAAGUUUUCGAAAAAGAUCCAGUAAAGUACGAUUGGUAUGAACGCGCGAUAGCGCAGGCGUUGAGAGAUUGGACGGAGCAGGAGAAGUCUACCUCUUCAGCAAACGGCGCAGUAGUCAUCGCUGUCGUCGGUUCAGGAAGAGGCCCACUAGUCACCCGAGCAAUCCAGGCGAGCCAAGAUGCUGGCGUGCAGGUCGAAGUAUAUGCCGUAGAAAAGAAUCCAAACGCCUACGUGCUCCUCCAGCGCCACAACGAGGAAGACUGGGGCGGCCUAGUCACGGUCGUGAAGACCGACAUGCGCGCCUGGAAAGGCCCGCUCCUACCGGACGGCACCCACGGCCGCGUCGAUAUCCUCGUCUCUGAGCUUCUUGGAUCCUUCGCUGACAAUGAGCUCUCUCCGGAAUGUUUGGAUGGCGUCCAACACGUCCUCAAUCCGGAGCACGGCAUCUCGAUCCCCACUUCCUAUACCGCGCACCUCACACCUAUCUCCGCGCCCCGUAUCCAUGCGGAUCUCGUCAAUCGCUCGUCGUCAGAUUCGCACGUAUUUGACACCCCCUUCGUCGUAAUGCUCCAGCAGAUCGACUACCUCUCUACCCAAGAAUUCGACUACGGCCCGAGCGAUACCUCCGCAGUUGCUUCGUCCAAGCAACAACCUAAAGUCGAAGCUCCGCUCCUCCCCGACGUCCAAAUAGCCUGGGCCUUCAAGCAUCCCUGCCACCCUUCUGUGCUCGCGCAGUCCAACCUCCGCCGAGGUGGAAGCGCGAGUGGAGGCGGCGGCGGUGCGACAGGCGGCGAUGGUGCGAACGAGCAUAACGUACGGUUCUCGAGUACCAUCUUCCAGUGCGCUGGGCGUGGCGUGUGCCAUGGUAUAGCUGGGUUCUUCGAAACCGUGCUUUAUGCCGGGGCGGAGGGGAGUGUGGAGCUGAGCACGAACCCGGUGACCAUGGAAGAGAAGAGCAAGGAUAUGAUCAGCUGGUUCCCGAUUUUGUUUCCGUUGAAGACACCCAUCUACGUCCCCGAACACGCAGAGCUAGAAAUCAGCAUGUGGCGGCAGACCGACGACAGGAAGGUGUGGUAUGAGUGGAUGGUCGAAGCUUUUCUGACGCUGUCCGGGAGCAGGGUGCGGCUGGGAGCCUCGGAGUUGCAUUCGAGCAGGAUGAAUGGGUGCUUGAUGUAG